GGGAUGGUAGAAAGUAUUCGAUUGUCCAGAAUGAAACAGUUUCUAGUGUUUGCUCUCGUCUUGGUGGCGAUGCUGGUCCUGAUCAGCGGACAUCCAGUGGAGGAUCAAAAGAUUACCCUAGAGGAUGCUGAAGCACAACCUGGAGUUGAUGAUGGAACUGGAAUAAGAGCUGCCCGUCACUUUGGUGGCGGCUUCCGACGCGGUGGAUUCUGCUGCGGAGGUGGCGGUGGCUAUGGACGAGGAGGAUUCGGCGGUGGCGGCUUUGGUGGCUAUCCAGGUGGAGGCUAUGGUGGAUAUCCCGGCGGUGGCUACGGAGGAGGCAGUGCAUCAGCCUCGGCCUCAGCCUCGGCCAGUUCCAGUUGGGGACGUUAAUAUUAAUAAUUUGCUUAACUUUAAUUGAGACAAAAAUAGAAAGAGAUUUCGUAGCGAAAACAAAAACAAA